CGCCCACCGAGCCGUCGAAAGCAUAAAAGCCCGUCGGCCCGCCCCGGCCGCGCGCAAGGGGAGGAAGGAAGAUGGCGUCCACCAGCCGGUCAGUAGCACAAGUUGCCGGGCGCUUCUCUAGAUAUAGGAAAGCAGGGAAAAGGGUAGAGGGGUGCGUCCGGGCUCGGGGUGGCGGCGGCGGCGGGGGAAGGAGAGCGGCCUGAAGCCGCGGCUUGGGCUCCUCUGAGGGGGAAGGUAGGCCCGCCGCCUCCAGUUGCCCUAUCCGGUCUCCCUUUACCUCGCUCGCCGCUCUCCUCCGGCCGCCUCAGCUUGGGCGGCGGCCUUUUCCGCGGGGCCUUCGGUUUUUCCUCCUCAGCCCACUCCCGCCUCCGCCGCCAAGGAUACGCUGCUCGCUUUCCAGACGCCCCGGUGGCCUCAGGUGGUGGUGGAGGACGCGGAUUGGGACGCCUCAGGCCGCCAGCGCUUCUUCACCAGCCCCGUUUAAACGGACGGUGCCUUGAAAGCAGCUCCCCGCCCCCCAGAAAGGAUUCUGGGAACUGUAGUUCGCCCAGGGCAGAGCUACAGUUCCCAGCACUCUGAACACCCCCCAUAUGGCGUGUAGGCAGCUUUUGACUCGCCCAAAACAAAGGAUUCUGGGAACUGUAGUUCGCCCAGGGUAGAGCUACAGUUCCCAGCACUCCGAACACCCCCCAUAUGGCGUGUAGGCAACUUUUGACUCCCCCACCAAAACCAUGUGAAUUGCUAUACCACAAUUAUUUUCUCUCUCCCCACCCCCAUCCAAAUUAAUUUUUAUUGGUUUUCCAAAUCAUUGCCACGCUGAAUUUAGUUUUAGACAAUUUAGUUUUCUCCCCAAAACUGGUUUCGCAGCAAUGCCACAUUUCAAGUGGCGGGUGAUUCUUUGCCUAGGAGACAACUCCUAGGGGCUGAGGUCCCUUUGGCCCCUCCAGUAAAAUAUUUUUUGAGGGGGCCUUCCCCUUCCCCCAAAGUUGAUGGGCCUUCCCAUUCAAAUGGUGGACGUGUGCCGUGUCACGCUUACAAUAUUUUAUUCUCUUGUUAAUUGUGCGUUUUAUAUUUGACUUAACUUAGCAAUGUUUUCUUUUGAAAUGUUUAAGAUUUUUUUUUUGUUAACUUUGUUAAAUUUGUAUUCUGUAGUUGACCUUCGUAACAUUUUAUUUUGAACUCUUUAAGAUAAUAUUUUAGUUUCCUAUUAUGUUGCUUUUACGGUAUACAUUAUUAAUACGUAAUUAAGUAAUGCUUAAUUCUGGAUUGCUUUAUUGAUGUUUUAAUGCGCUGUAAACUGCUUUGAGAUUUUUCUUAAAAAUAUGUUGGCCCCCCCAAUCAAUAAAAUACAUAGCAAACUGAGGUUCUGUCCCCGCCCUAACAAAAGGCCCAACAAAAAUCCUGACUGCACUUAUGUUGGCACCCCGAUUCUUUGCCAAUACUGGGAAGGAUGCAGUAAAGCUGCAGGGCUGGGCAGGCAAAUCUCAGUAGGGUUAGGGUGAAAUCUGAUGGGCAUGCUGGGAGCAAGCCUGCUGUUCAGUCCUCCAGGUGUUGCUGAGCUACAGCUCACAUCUGGAAGGCCAUAGGUUAGCCACUCCUGCUGAGGGGAGUUCCCAGGAUAGCCAGCUGACCUUGGGAUGGGGCCUCCUUAGCUUGCAGCUUGGUGAGCAGGAACUGGGAGAUACACUGCUAAUGUUUUUAAUGUGGCGCUCAAUUCAUAGGGACAGCAGCUGGCAUCUCCAAAGAGUCCUUGCUUUACCUGGAGCCAUGCUCUGGGUGGCUGCACCUGAUUUCUAGGCCUCACGUUUCUGUGUUGAGGAAAUCGCUUGUUUGGAUGAUGGCUCUUUGGCAGAGCUGGAAAUUCACCCUCAAGAUAUUUCUAUAUGCAGAGUAUAUGCAAAUGUUUGUUGUAACAUUAGGAUCUAAAGUUGCUUUUGUAAUACAUUUUUGGGGAAGCAAUUGUGUGAGCAGAGCUGUUUUGGGUCCUGUCUGUAUGCUGUCUGUUGGGGUCUCCCACUCUUGCAACAUCCUACUGUUAUUUUUUCUAAUCCUGCAUUGUAAUGCUUUGUUUUGAAGUUGGAUAAGGUUUGGAGGGAUGAGGAGAGGAAGUUUGGGGUUGCUUUAUUAAUUUUGUUCAGGUUGACAUUUUAAAAUCCAGUGUAUUCAGAGUGAAGGCUGGCCUCAUCAGAUAUACCAUACUUAGAAGGAUCUUUAUGACUCUUUGCAAUCCUCUUCUGUGAGACAGGGGACAUACUGUUAAGUUGCACACCCAUGAAAGUUCUCUGUUGGGCAACAUUCUGACUACUUAGACUUGCUUUCCAGAUUUGCAGUUAGCCUAGAUUAGUAAGGUGAUUUGCAAUUGGCCUAGACUAGUAACAUGAAACAGAUCAUUUUGUACAUGGAAUUCACUUACUAAUUUACUGACGUUGACACUAUCUGCACCAACUAGUGCUAAAUGGUGUGGCCAAAUGUUAUUUUCCCCUCUAGCAGUUUGGGUUGGCUCUUUUCCUGUGCCUGCUCUACCAGUUUGUUGUCUGGUGUAUAUACAACUUGUGAUUAUGAGCUUAGUGCUAAUUCCUAAGCAUUGUGGAUGAUACAGGUCAGUGCAGGAAAUCCAAAACUAGAGCAGGGCCCCUCACAACCCCCCCCCCCCAUGAUAAUAUAAGGCUCUUGGGCUGAAACACUUUAACCAGCAGGUGGCAACUUUAUUGGAACAGUGAGCAGAUUUUGAUUUCAGAGGAAGUGGUGCCAUGGGGUUGUGGCAUAACACAAAAUUUGAAGAUAUCCCCUCCACCUGUCCCCCUCCCCAGCCAAUGCUGCUUCUAGGCUUUUCUUUUUUCAAGAUGAAACCCUGAACAAGGUGAAGAAAGUACAGAUGGGAGUGCAUGGGUCUAUCCCCCAACCUUUCCAACAGGCAUUUUUAAAACACACACACGAAGGCUCUGAACAGGAUGAAUAAAAUGUUCACUGCCAGGUCCACCUGGCUGCAGGAAUAUGCCCACUGCUUCUCUCCCCCCAUCAGAAUUUUUUUUUUUUAAACCCCAAGACCCUGAGCAGGGUCCUCCUGCUAGGUCCAGCUGCCCGCUGGCAACGAAGGCCUGAAUGUGCUGAGAUAUUCUUGCCACUCCUUCCUUUUCUCCACAACCCACUGCCAGACUUAAAAAUGAAGGAAAAAAGUCCAUGAGAUGUGCCUUCUGUCAUUUUCAGCUGACUGGAGGGCAACAGGUCUGAGCAAACAUUUUGACAGUGUCCUGGUUGCUUUGGGGAUACCAAGGAAGGCUCCUGACUGAAUUGUUUUAUGCCACAGUUUCUGUUUUCUCCCUUUAACAAGCCAAUUACUUCAAGUCUUCCUUGGACCAUACAAUUCUGUUUAUUGACUUUCCGUAAGACUGCUUUCUUCCCUUUUCACUUCCUAAAGAGCAUCUUGUUUAGAUAAUUUUUGAGCUUAUUAUAGACUACCGCAAGGGAAGAUAACUGCUGUGUUUAGAUUAGUUAAACAAUUUAGAUGAUAGCAGCUGUAAGUUUGAGGCAGUCUGACCUUGAGGAAAGUAGGCUACUGUUUAAAGAUGUUUGAAUGAAACAUUUCCUAAAUUGACACUCUGUGGCAUAAAUAUUGUACUAUACUUAAGCACUGUAUUGCAACAAGAGUUUGCCGGGGAGCCAUUGAUAUGACAAAUUUGUUACGGACUAUCUGAAAGCUUGGCCCAUUUUUAAACUAUGUAGAAAAGAAAACCUCUGAGUUGGACUCUAUUUUGGAAGGGAAUUAAAAUGCAACCAACAGCCAUACCUUCCACAAAACAUAUCUUUGGUCAUAAUACAAUAUUUGUAUUGUUUAGCUGUAGGCCAUCACAAGGCAAUAUUCAGAACAAGUAUAUAGCAUUAAAGCCAACCACAGGCAUCACAAGAAUGCCCAAGUAUCCCUUAUUGAACUUAAAACAGCAGCAACAAAAGCACCACCACAGUACUGUAUACAUAAAGGUAAAGGUAAAGGGACAUACAUUUAGGUAAAAUAGCUCUUAUAUUAACAUUAACCAGUCUAAUUUACACCCUGCUAAUGUGCUUCUAAGUUCAUAAAUACAGAGGAUUGGAUAUUCAACAUGUUUUGACAUCUAUGUGACUCACUCACGUGCUAAGUGGGAGUGUAUUUAGCAUAUUUGUUUUAAAUAAUAGUUGCACUCCUGCUUCCUGCUUCGUGCUCAUCUACUUCAUGAUAGCCAUUUUAAGAACAGAGAAUGUGGUUCUGUGUGGAGGAGCUUCUGUUCAAAGUUUAGAAAUCCCACUGGGCAUGUUGUAGCAAUCUGGAUUUCUUGUCUGGUGAACUUGCACUUUUUGAUGGUAUAACUAUUACAGGGAGGUAUCCCUGGGCUUUUUUUUCAGCUGGAAUUCACUGGAACUGGGUUUUUUUUUUCAGCCGGAAUUCACCGGAACUGAGUUUUGGCAUCUCUUUGGUGUGUUCUGGCAGCUCUGUAGUGUUGCGCCACGGCAGCAUGGCACUUGGGGCUUUGCGACAGAGGCUGCGGACAGCACAGCACUCUGUUUUGUGUGUUGGAGGCUCAACAACUUUGGCUGGGUGCUCCCCCCUAAAAAAGGACAAGUUCUGGCACCUCUUUUACUAGGAAAACAGCCCUGAGGUAUCCUGAUACUUAUAUUUAAGUUUUGGUCUGCUGCUUUUGUUACAAGUUGACCACAGUGGUAUGUGGCCACUUAACAGAUUUGUCAAGGUGAAUGGCUAGCUGCAAUAGUUGGUAUUACUAAGCAUAGUUGGGAUAUCAAUUUCAGGGCUAUUUCUGUCUUUGAGGCAAACAGAUUCGUCACCAAUUUCAUGCCAUGUUUAUCAGCUUCUUUCAAAUCACCAAGGAAGUAAUUGCAUAUAUAACAUACAGCAAAUUAUAUCCUGUCAUGUCACAUUUUGAGUUUCAUUUAAAACUCCGAAAACAUUCUAAUGCAUUUUACAAGAUCACUAGAAAUUAGUAAAACUUCAAAUAUUUUGCAUGAUCAAGAUGAAUUCGGAUAACGUUUUCCUCUUGAAAUAAAUGCUGCUUAUCAGUUAUUUUGUAAUCCUCCAGAUUUGUUAAAAUGAGGUCUUAUAGGGUUUUCAUAAUAUUCCUGUCUUCUCUUUAGCACUUCCCCCUUAUAUAACUCAUUUUCUAAAUUGCAUAAAAUAUAAUGGCAAGUGGUCUACACCUAUUCAAAUGUAUUUUUAGUUCUGUGAACUAUGUGUGUACAUAUUUGUUUAAAAUAAAGGACUCAUUGGGGGUAGUGACUUAGUUGGAAGCGUUUCUCCCAUAUGCUUUGAACGGCUUACACUUAUUCACAUAAACAUGGUUUUUAAUGUGAGUUGUCACACAAAGCUAAAAUAUUGCAUUUGUUUUUAAGGGUGGAUGUGCUGCCAAGAGUGACAUGUCCGAACCAUCCAGAUUCCAUUUUGGUGGAAGAUUACAGAGCUGGAGAUAUGAUCUGUCCAGAAUGUGGACUAGUCGUAGGUGAGCAAUUUUACAGUAGUUGUAUAUCUUACUCUAAACAUUUUAUGUUAUUAUAUUAUUUUUAUAAUAUUUAUUAUGUUAUUUCAAAUGCCAAAAUAUUUCAUUAAGAGCUUCAGUCAACACAUUUACUUCUGUAACAAAUCUUUGAGAAGUCUUUGCCACAUAGAAACCAACAGCUUGGUAACCUACAGAUGUUUAUGCAGAUACUUCCUGUUAAUUUAGUCACCUUCGAUAACUGCCCCGUCAUAUUUUUUUCUGGUUUACCAAAAACAUGGCAGACAUUCUGAACUUCACUGUAUUUUACCCAUGUGCCACCUCUUGCACACUGACCCAAAAAAAGAUUAGCCACAAAAGUUUCCGACCUGUUACGAGCAUAAAGUCUCAGACUCUGCACAGUUUUGGAAACAGUCGAGUGUUACCUGAUUUCUCAGUUGUGCGGGGUGUGGUUCCUCACAGGCCAUUCUUUGUGGUGCCCUCAGAAGCUCCCUUUUGAGUUUUCAGGUAUCAGUAUCAUAUUUUAAGAAACAAACAGGUGUUGUUCAGCUCCAACUCCCACCAUCUCUGACCCCUGGUGUUGCUGACUGGGGGUGAUAGGAAUUACAGUCCAAUAACAUCUGGAGGACAUAAUAUUUGGUUACUUCUGCUCGAGGUGGUGCAGAAUCAGGUUGCUGUGAACCAACCAGACAUAAUGAAAUUAUAACUACAUCUUCAUAACUUUUAAAGACUUGAGCCAUCAUGAAAUCAGUAGAGUACAACAUGCUGGCCAGAUUUCAAAAACAGUGCUCUACAUUCUGACACAGCUUAACGUGUGAAGGAGCGGAUUUGCCAGUUAGAAUGAAUUUUACCAAUUUGCAUAGAUUUGGGGUUUCCACAGACAUCAGACCUCUUGGAAAUAAGGUGGUGAAAGCGGCUAGAGAAUAUGAGUUAGUGUAUUUAUUCUAUUCUCUAAAGUGUUGCUUUAAUAUAGAAAUGGUGAUCUGCUGCCCCUGAAAGUCUUUUCUCGUUUCUUAAUAUUGACUGUGUGCUGUUCUUCAAGGUUUCCACUUAAAGAAGGAAACUGAUAAAAGGUUGAUAAGUUAAACUUCAUGAGAAAAAAAUAAAUUCCUUGCUACUAGUGAGUAGUAAUAGAUGUAGAUAAGUAUUACUUUAUUUAAAUUUAUGUCUGGCCUGUCCUCCCAAAAUUGCUCUGGGUCACAAACACAAAAAAGACAACUGAAAAUUUUAAAAAGAUUUAAAAGAUUUUACCACAUCUAAAAACAAUUACAGUGGUACCUCGGGUUAAGUACUUAAUUAGUUCCGGAGGUCCGUACUUAACCUGAAACUGAAGCACCACUUUAGCUAAUGGGGCCUCCUCCUGCUGCUGCGCCGCCGGAGCAUGAUUUCUGUUCUCAUCCUGAAGCAAAGUUCUCAACCCGAGGUACUAUUUCUGGGUUAGCGGAGUCUGUAACCUGAAGCGUAUGUAACCUGAAGCGUAUGUAACCCGAGGUACCACUGUACAUACCUUCACACCUAAUAAUUCCAAGGUUACCAGGAACAGUAUCUUUCAACCAUCAAAAGCCUGGAUCAGCAGGGAUGUUUCUAAAUUCCUCCUGAACAUACAUAAUGAAGGGGAGAGGCAAAGCUCACCAGGGAGGGCACUCCAUAAAUGAGGAACUGCCACUGGUAAGGCCCUGUUGAGGGACAAUGCCACCUGGGCAGCAGCCUGUUGUGCUCCACUAAUAGGGCCUUCACUGCCUACCAUAGGGCUUGAGACGUAUGGAGGAAGAUACUCUUUUAGGUGCUUCCAAGCUGUUUAGGGCUUUGUAUGUAGUACUAACCACAUGAAUUGGGCCCGGUAGGUAACUAUCAGCCAGUGCAGAAAUGGUAUCCACAUGGUCCCAUUAUAGCAGCAACAUUCUGCACUAGCUGCAGCCUCCAGACCUUCAAGGGCAGCCCCAUGUAACAGUAAUCCAGCUGGUAGCUCACCAGUGCUGAGUGUCAGGCUACCCCAGGCCAGGAGCAGCUGUAGCUGCCAAUCGUGUGCAGUGCAUGCUACUUAGAAACAAUUUUAACUGUUGCUCUACUAAAUUUGCUUGGCUGUGACUCCACCUACCCUGCACUUUUAGGAGAUGACAUCACGAUCAUUUUUGCUGAGUGAUACUGCCUCAUGAGCAUUCCACGUUGUAGUUGUUUACUUCAGUAUAUAAGCAAGGAGUUGAGGUGGUAACUCUUGGGGUGAUAAUGGGAGCAUGACUUGCUGUGCUAGUAGAGCUCUGAUUGGUUGUUGCAUUUAAUAACCACCUGUGUGCUCAUCUGUAAAUACAGGUUGCUGAACCAAAUCUGCAUGUGGAAUUAUGAGACCUACACAGACCUAGCCAUGGCAUCCAGUUCUGGUAAAGUGUAGUGCAGGUAUGGCUAACCUGUGGCCCUUCAGAUGAUGAUGUUGGCCAGUGGUCAGGGAAUUGUCCCAGUGACACCUGGUUAGCCACCCAUGAUGGUUGAGUCUGAACAGGCAAAUCCCUGGAUCAAAUCCCAUAUCCAUCACUUAGUAGGUGGCUAUAAGCAAGCACUGUUAUUCCUGCUGUAAAGGGAUAACACUGGCAUGUCAUACAGGACUUCUGAGAAAGUAUGUGAAGUGCUGUGAAGACUCUCAAGCAGGAGAAUGCCAAACGCAGAUUUGAAUCUACUGGUAGAACUGUGUACUUUGCAACACUUUCUGACUAUUAUUUAAUAGCAGCAGUAAUUGAUGUCCUCCUUCUACCAGAGAGCAUCUGCUGGAUGCUCUUUUCUACAGAUGAGCCACUGCUUGCACCUGAGUGUGGUUGGUAAACCUUGGGAUUUUAAUAGAAAGCAAAGUAUAUAUUGAAAGCCUCAAUACAUUCCACCCACUACUCUAAAGAACUAUAUUAAUAUGCAUCAGAAGUGUGUUGAUUUUGUAAGUAUGUAUAACUAAGUAUUCUUUGGUAAGGGCAUUCUUUAAACAAUUAUCUGUUUGUACGACUUGGUUUUUCUAGGACUCUCUCCAUGCUUCUCCUAUUUAAAUGCCACUUUCAUUUUCAACAUCCGUUCAGUUUAUUAUCAAAAUGAGAAAACUGACACUGCCAAACAGAACUUCCUCUUCUAAUCCUGGAACAAAAUUAAUGACUGAUAACAUACGUAGGUUUCAUCCAGGCCUCCGUUGGCUUUUUAAAAUUAUUUUUUAUUUCACUUUUUGAGAGAAAUACUGUAUCCCAAAGUGGUGGUAGUCAAUGUGGCAGGCCCUUCCCUGAGGCUUACCAAAACACACCUACACAUGCAACACUAAACAGAAGUCAAGGGAAAAGGUAGAGGAGGGAGGUCAGAACAAUGCCAGAACAAGCUGUAAUUCAAUAAGCAUUUAUAUCUAGUGAGGACCAGGGGUGUUCUUCUGUUGCUUGUAGAUAAGUUCUGUAAGGGACCCUGGCUGUUGUGCGUAUACCAAGCUCCCGGCUUCUUCUCUUCCCUAGGUCAAUGGAUAGUGCCAGGCUAGUUUUCCCUCUUGCCAUUAUGUUCUUUCUUAGAGGAGUUGCUAGUGCCUUUAGUCCCUUGACAGAUGGCAGAGUUUGGCGUGCUCUUCCUCUCACCUCUCGUGUAUUUGAACACAAUUUCUUAGAUGCUUAAAGCAUUAGUACCAUAGCAACUUACAUAAGGAAAGGCCAUCCUGUUAUGGUAGAGCACAUUCUUUUUAUCUGGUCCAUGGUUAAGUCUCUGGUAUCUGCAGUUAAGGUCUACCAUUUAAAUUUUAUUUAUCACCUUCAGUUGUAUUACUCAGUUCUGGCAUAGAUACUGACAUUGGAUUUGUGUGGGUGCACUUCUGGGAAGUUAGAAGCUCAAAAGGAACUGCUGCCUCUUCUGGUUGAGAAUUCCAUUUUUGUAGUUGGUUGGUGUGUGAGAGAAAACGAUGCAUUAUGUUCUGUUCUUUUUCGAAUCCCAGUGCUGAAUUCAUACUCCAGACUGCAUAUCUUCUGGUGCAGCUACAAGCUGUCUGCAGUUGUUCACGUGCUCACUUAUGAAACAUAUUAUUGGUUCUGGUUGUGAUGGGUGGCUGGGGACAAAAGCUAAGGAACACUAAAAAGAGGAGCUGAGGAGCCAACGUUCAAACUGGGAAACUUUUAAAAGAAACCUUUGAGGUGUGAAACUGAACUCUAGACAGUUACAGUACUUCUUUGCAGAAAACGCCAAUGAAACAAAAGAGAGAGAACAUUUUAUAGUUUACCAUAUGUAACUUUACCAUUUAUGGUUUGUAUAAUUGUUACUAGCAAUUUUAAAUGAAGUAUUAUAAAACUCUAGAAACAAACCAAAAUGUAAAGUUGAUAUCUUAGAACUUUUACUCUUGAAUAGGAGGUCUGGUCAUUUCACCAGUCACUAGAUGGCAGCACAUUACCUAAUUAACAAUUUGGACAAGUUCCAUUGGAUUGUGUGCUCCUGUUUAAAUGUUCUUAGAACCUUGUGCACUGUUUAUGUAGCAAAAAGUUAGACAAAAUGCCAACACACCAAUCCACGAUGCAGAAUUCUAACUUGCUGUCUUAAUGCUAUCCUCUAAUUGGUAUCUGUUUCACUGAACUUCACAAUUGCAGAAGUAACUGACUAUUCAACUCUUUCUGUUCUGGGUAACAGUUUUGUGCAGAGCUAAAUUCCUCUUCAGUGAUCACCUAGAUUCAUGGAAAUGUGAUUUGAUUUUUCUUUUCUGCCAUGCAUUUUAAAAUGUUUUUUCCCCCUGUGUUUUCAGGUUUAGGAUUUCAGAUUUCUGUUCUAAAUAUUGUUAAUGUAUUCUUUUGCAGUUCAUGUGAAGUUUUCUUAAUCACUUAAGUUUUGGCCUCUUGGUAUACAAAAGCCUUCUACAGAUAAAAUAAAAUUCUUGCUAACUUACUAGUAGAUUAAGAAAACUGGAAUAUGCAGAAACUGAAAAAAAGGUGGAGUUGUGUACUGGCCCAUGAUGACAGUUGUUUCUAAAUCUAACUUCAUUUAACAAUCUGUUUAAGAUCAUAUUUUUUUAAUAAGCAACUCUAGCAGCAUCUCAGAAGUUAUGGUUCCUAUUGUGUUGUAUGAUGAGUGGCUGGGUGCUGUAGGUGUAUAUAGGUUUUUUAUUUUAAUAGUAGCCAGGCUAACUUUCCUUUGAAAAUGCCAGAAUGUUUUUUAUUGAUAGAAGUGUGUUUUAUUCAUUUAAAGCAUUUACUGGUGUGAAUAAACUUUCUAGACUGAGAACUGAUUAGUCAUAUACUUCUCUAAAUAAAGAAUCCUAAAGUAGUGAUAAAAUUAGUACAUGGAGGGAUAUGUCUUCACCUUAUAGCAAGCGAACACCAGUAUCUAAGGACUGAGCAGCAGUAGCCACAGAAUAAUAUAAUGCCAAUCGUGGCUUUUUGUACUGCUGCACUUCAAGCACACAUAUAAAAACAGGCACUCUUCUCCACAUUUGCCACUUUGUAUGUUGCCCCAUAUGCAUCUUGUGUGUAUUGAAGACGCAGGGAUGCUCAUUGUAUUAUUGUAUUUGUACUUAAUCCAAAUAUAUUUCUGUAUUACUACUUGAGCAGUAUAAGGAAAUGAGUAAAAGGGCAACUCCGUGAAAGCAGUUUCUUUCCCUUCUGGAAGAGUGCCAUCCUCUUUUAUAAAGUAAAUUAAAAUCUCGAUUUGAAAUUGCCCCUGACUCUUCAACCUGGAUGACUCACUGACAUUUCAAGAUCAACAUGCUCAAAAUAGAAUGUCUUGGCUAUCUUCCAAAACUCCCCCCCCCCAUUCCUAUCAAUACUAUCCAGCCUCUUUGCCCAGGCACUUAGCCUUGUGUUCUCCCCACCCCCCCUUCCUGCAGAAUUCAUUUAUUGCCAAACCCUAACUCCUCUCUCUUAACAGCAUUGCCAAUAUCUGUCCUUUCAAUCUCUACUUCUAAUGCUCUGUUUCAUGUUGUUUUCUUCUUGGCUAUUGCUACUUCCUAUUCUCUGGCCACCUUUAAUCACACUUUGAUUUCCUUCCCCCUCUCGGAGGCUCCUGCCUUGCUGACUGCAUCAAUGUUCUGACACCUCCAUUAGUUCUCUCCAGCAAGGUCCCUUCUCCUUUGAACCAUUACAACCUUUUUUGUUUUCCAUGCCUCUUCAUAGCUUUGCUCUUCUGCUCUUCUCUCUCAUUAUGUCUAGGUUUGAAACAUAAGACAUACAACCAUUUCUGUCUCUCUACUGCUUGGGGUACUAUGCAGUUUAUGUGGCACCUAUGUGGCUUUUAGUCUCUUCAAUCAUAGUUUCUUUUUUUAAGAAAUACCAUCAGUAAAAAAUAAUGAUUAACAAUAUUUGAAAAAUCCCUGAAGAAUACCUACUAGCAGCAAUACUUGGGACAUCUUCAAUGAACUGAUGGGCUUUGUAGUUAGUUUUGUUGGUUAUACCCUUUUUUUAGAUAGAAUGCACACCUUCUGUUAUAAAUGUGUUUUCAUUUCUUUCCAGAAUCACACAGAUAAUUUUCUCCACCACGAUAAAAAAAAAUUUGAACCAAUAGUGUACUGCUUAAAUAUAUUUGGUAUAUAACACUGAAUAGUUUUCUGUUUAACUUCUGUUGCCAUCUCAGGGAUACAUUCCCCUCCCCCUUUUUUUUGCCAAAGUUGGCAGCGACAAAACAGUCUUGUCAUUAAAGCAGGAAUGGUGCAUAAUUCACAAGAGGGCAGAUCCCUUUUGUGAGUCAUAUAGGUCAUUCCCACUUGUGUGGAAAAAUAUUACAUCAUUGCUGUGCUCACUGUUCUAUUUAUACAACACCAGAAUUUCAAGUACAUUUUGCUUUUUUUAGAUGCAGUAAACAGUAACCAGACUGCUAGGCCUUAGAAGGAACAAUGCUUAAUCAAAUAUUUACAUAGAGGCCAAAAGAGGAAAAUGCUUUCUCCUAUUUUAAACUUAUAUGGGGGAAUAAUGGCUCCCUGCCUUCAUUGCCAUACAUGCUGUGUUCACUUUUAAAAAAGAUAAUCUUACUCCUGAUUGAUCCUUUAAAAAAUAAAAUCCUCUGCAGACAUGUAAGAGCAAAGAAUAACAUCUCAAAUAUGGUUCAAGAGUUGCAUUAUUUCCCUCCUCCCCAUUCCUAUCCCAUUGAUCCUUUUUUACAGCUCUCUCUGUCAUUAUGUUUCUGUUCCAGGUUCAAAAUAAUACCCUCUUGACAAUCAAUAGUUAUUUAAUUUGUGUUCUCAAAUAUCUGCAGCUGUUAUCCUUUGGAAACUUUGUGCUGAAGUUUUAAGCAUUAAGUUGAGCACCUCUGUACUAGAUUUUAUACACUUUGGGGGAUCAAAAAAAUAACAGUAUUCUCUUUAUUCUAAUUGCCCAUAAACAUUCUCAGCUGUGUGGCAGGGUGGGUACAUUUCUAAAAUUUGCCAUCUCAAACCAUUAACAGGAGGAACUGCUUGGCUACCUUCAUAUUGCUCUGUGUAGUCAAUCUGCUAUCACAGUAUUCAGGCCUCCCUUGGACAGAGAUCAUAAAGCAGUAGUAUACAUCUCCUUAAUGACACUGUAAGCAACCAGUAUGAUCAGUUUUAGUUGUUAAUUGUUCCUCUAAAGUCUCAUCUUCUAGAGGAAGCCCUUUCUGAGUCAUAAUUUGGAAAAUAGCUGCUACUUCAUGGAGCUUGUUGCUUUGGCAUUCUUACGACUUAUGAAAUCAUGACUAUAUCUGGAUUCUUUUCUAAUGACUGAUUACACUGGGCAACAAUUUUUUACUUUUUGAAUGUUGUCUAGAUUUCUACAACUGAUUUAGGGUAUUUUUGCACUGCUGAAUCAGGAAAUGGCAUCCGUUUCUCUCCAUCAGGUCAGGUUUACUGUAAACUAAAUGGUGGGCAUUGAUAAAGGUAAGUACACGUAAAUUGCAUGUUGCUUCACCAUUUUUCAAACUUCAGGGCUUGAACUUCCGUUUAUUGGAACCUCAGGAAUGCUCAGCAGCAGGGAGGUGUCUCUUCAGAGUCCAACAGUAGUCAGCCAUCAUGACUGCGUCCCAGCGACCCUGAUACCUGGUCUCCAUCUCUUUCAUGACCUGAUGGAAUCUCUCCCCCUGCUCGUCACUUGUUUCUCAGGAAACCGAUCCAUAUGUGAAAAUAGGUAGUGCAUCUUGACGCUCAUGUUGCAGCCCAGGUUUCUGAAAGCAGUCAGCAUGUUGUUGACAAGUUCUGCGUAGUUUCUGGCCUUAUUGUUGCCAAGAAAGUUCUUCACUACCAGAACAAAUGCCUUCCACGCUUCCAGUUCCACUUCGUUCAUUGAGUUUCCGAACUCUGGAUCUCUGAUGAGCUGGCGGAUCUGAGGACUGUCAAAGAUGCCAGCUUUCAACUUCUCCAUGGUCAAUCCCGGAAAAGCCUGGCACAAGUAAGUGAAGCAGUCACCAUCCUUGUCCAGAGCCUUGGUGAACUGCUUGAUUAAGCCGAGCUUGAUGUGCAGCGGUGGGAAGAGUAUUCUAUCUCUGUCCACCAAAGGGUCGUUGAUGACAUUCCUUUUUCUGCAAGGCACCAAUUCCUCCCACACAGGCCAGUCCUUCUUCGUCUAAUGCUGAGCACGGUCCCUACUAUCCCACAUGCACAGAAAACAUGGGUACUUGGUGAAGCCAGACUGUUGUCCCAACAAAAAGUUCGCCAUCUUCAGGUCAACACAAAUAAACCACUUAUGCUGAUUAUAACCAAUUUUCUCCAGCACAUACUUCACCGCUUCAUAGUUCUCCUUCAGUGUAGCCGAGUGAGCCAGGGGUAUAGAGGCAAACUGGUUGCUGUUGUGUAGCAGAACACAUUUCAGUGAUCGCUUGCUGCUGUCAAUGAACAGUCUCCAAUCUUUGGGUUCGUACUGUGGCACUCCAAGCUUGAGCAGAAGCUGCGCAAUAUCUGCACAGUACAUCAAGUCCUUCUCUUCCGAGAAAAAACGGAGGUACUCUUGAUGCCUGUUGCGCAAGAAGCUGAUGCGAGCACUGUCAGAGAGGAGGUUUUUUUCCUUCAAUCUGGAUGCCAACAGUUCGGCAGAGUCCUUUGACAAGCUGAGGUCGCGAACUAGAUCAUUCAACUGCUUUUGGGGAAAUGGAUGUGGAGCAUCAUCUUCAAGAACCACUUCUUCUUCUUCAUGUCCUUCAACACUGGAGGCAUCUUCGUCACUAAUGUCAGAAAGUUCUCCGAAGACACUGGAAUUUCAUCACACUGAGCUACAGGACGACGUGCUGAUUGAAGAUCAGGAUACUUCGUGGGGCGGCUGCCCCAUUAACUUAGUUUUGAUCCCCCAACUUUAUGCUUUGCCGCACCAAUUUAUGGAAGAUGUUGAGGUUUUAUGACUUCAAACUGAUCCCCUUUUCGACAUAAUCACCCAGAACUAUCAGACAUGAAUACUUCUUGUCAUUAAAAUAAUCAUUUCCAAACAAUUAUUCGACAUGGCAUUUUACCCCCACCAACUUCUUCUAAAAGCGUACAUGUGAACAAAAACGUCAAAAAAACACAUGUGGCCAUAGCUCAAAAACUUGACCUGAUUGAGCAAAACCAAUGUGAUUUUUGGAUUCAGCACAUCAGAUUCAUCCUAAAUCAACUGAAAAAACGCAGACAACAAAUUUGUUGUUGACCAGUGUUAUUUCCCUUUGCUACAGUCUUGAUAACAAGCCAGCAGCUGAAUAUCUGAGUACACUUCAUUAGCAGCAAAUCAGUCUUCACAGUUUAUGCUAAGCAGAUUUUUUAAAAAUACAUUGGGAAUUUGUGGUGCAGCCAGAAUGUUCUCUCCAUUUGCAUAUAUAACAUCUUUAUUUAAAUACUUUGUAGGAAAGAUAUUGUUGUAAAAGUUUACUUUGAAGCUCAUCUCGGCUUGAAAUCUUCUUAAUCUUUUCUUCUGAAAUCUCAAAAUCUGUAUAGGAUAAAAAUGGAGCAUAACUCUAGCUAUACCAGAAACAGUAUAAUAUAAAAGUACUUUCAAAUGGAGUCUUAGCUCAGAUUAUUUUUGAUUAGUGAAAAAUUGCAUCUGAAAGGUUCUAAUAUUUUAAAACCAUAUUCAGUACUUAUAAAACAACAACAACAACCUGCCUACUAGUUUUAAUUGACGCUCUGUUAAAAGGCAACCUUAGUUUAAAUCUAUUUCCUCAUUGCCAAACCCUUAAAUUCCUUUUUUAAAUACCGACGGAUACAUAGGCUAAGGUAACACUUCAAUAAACAAAGCUACUGCUAGUUGAUUAAUAAAACAAAUUAAUUUAUUUUCAUAUUACAGUCAUUGUAUUCUCAAAAAAUAAGCAAUGCAUUCUUAGGGUGGAAUUCAUCUAACCAGAUCUGACCUGGCAAUAUAUUGUGAAUCAUUACGUGUGUGCACUGUACAAAAAUCGCAGUGUGGGAAAAACCAUGAAGCCAGCCAAUGCUUCUCUCGAUUCCUGCAGCCCCUGUUAAUUCUGCCAGCUCAGCUCUCUCCUGCCUCCUGUAGGGACAGCGAAUCACAAGAGCAGGUGCCAGCAAAAAUCGCAAUGUGGGGGAAAUGGUGAAGCCAGCCAGUGUCUCUACAUAGCUCCAUCCUUAUUUCAGGCAUCGUGAUAUGUCAGUAUAUCACAAUCAGUGGCAUAGCGUGGGGGGUGCAGGGGGUGCCGGCCGCACCGGGCGCAACAUCUGGGGAGGGGGCGCGCUCGCACUCGCAGCUCUCUGCCCCUACCUGGCUCACUCAUGCUCUCUCACUGCAGUGCUGGCUGUGCGAAUCCGAUCCAAGCCGCUGGGUCGCCGCCCACUCGCCCACUAUGGAGGGGGGGGUGCCAGGCGUGCAGUGCGGAGAGAGAGUGAGGGACUAUCUGGGGCAGGGACAGUGCAGCGGCCGUCCAGCGCAGCACUGAGCGCGGGAGAGAACCACACUAGACCAGCCCAGGCAGCAGCAAGAAGAAGCUGGCAGCGGUGGCAGGUUAGGGGGUGCAAAUUACUUGCCUUGCCCCGGGUUAGGGGGCACAAAUUACUUGCCUUGUCCCGGGUUAGGGGGCGCAAAUUACUUGCCUUGCACCGGGUGCUGACAACCCACGCUACGCCGCUGAUCACAAUGUUUAGCUGGUGAUAUUAACUCGAUGUUGAAAACCAGAUAUCGCCCGGCCCUACCCCUUGCCUUGUCCCCAAAUUGGUUCUGAGGGUUUUUGGAGAAUCCCUGGAACACUGUGUGGGGAGAAGAGGGGAAUCGUUCUGUCUGGAAUGCUUGUGCAGAUGGAACAAUGAGGGAAGAGUUGAAUUCCACCCUUAAUUUGGGCAACUCUUUGGGAGAACUUUUGUCUCAACCACACAGCUCUUUCUGUUUGCCUCAGUCUGCUCAAUCUACCAAUCACACCUCUUAAUUAACUAUAUUAUUUAUUAUUAUUUAUUGAAUUUAUAUACUGCCCUAUACCCACAGGUCUCAGGGCGGUUUACAGAAUAAAAUCAGAAUAUAAAACCACAAAAUACGUAAUCAGAAUAAAAACGACAACCCAAUAACCCCCCCAACACAUUUUAAAAGGGCGUAGGAUGUCAAUCAAAUCAACCAAAGCCCUGGUUAAAAAGGAACGUUUAUUAUUUAUCUAAAGGGAAACUUUGGUUACUAGCUUUGGAAUCAUCCAGGAUCAACCAGCUUGAAGUUAGUUUUAACAUCCUGGUUUGUUCCAAAGCUUGUAACCAUAGUUUCCCAGUUCACAUGAAAUGGGAAACUGUGGUUAAUUAGAGGCUUCCUGGCUUAUCUGUGGCUUGGAGAAAGAGAGGGAGGAUCAAAGGGGUUCUAGCAGCAGGCAAAAGGCAGAUACAUAUCUUGGUUUAGUAAAUGAAGACACAAUUGCCAAUAUUAUUUCUCAAGCUUGUUGUCUGGCUGCAGAGGAGGACUUGAAGAUGUGGAGGCAGAAAUGCUGUAUAAACAAAAAGGGGUCAAAAUUCAUUAUUUUUCAAGGUUCUCAUUUUGAGCCACGCUGUCAAGUGUUUUGUUUUCCAAGAUCUGUCCCAAGUUUGGGGGUAUCAGUUUUAGAAUAAUAAUAUUGUUGCAAUAUGUAGAGGUGUAUGUUAACAGCUUGUAACUGGGCAUCUGCUGGUUUUGUAAAGAACCAGCUUUAUUGGUUCUGUGAACUCAAAAUAGGCAAGUUAGCUAUAGCAUUACUGUUCAUGUUAUCGUUGAAGUGUCCCUAAAUGCUGAAUUGGGUUCCUUCCUGCCUUCCCUCAUUUUAUUUGUAUACAACUUUCUCACACACAAAAAUCAUGCUCAAAGCAGCUAGCAAAAAAAGAAACAGGGAUGCAUUUCAAACAAACGCUACAAAACAAUUUCAUAAUAACCCAACAUAGCAAAACAGUAACACAGUGACAUUUUCAUAACAUAGCAAAGCAAAAAUACAAUAUACAAAAAAAACCACAUUUCAGUACUGUAAAUAUAAUAUUAGCAACAUGUUGCAUACAAUAGCAAAAAAACCAAGGGAGCUUCACAGUUUCGCUUUAGUCCCAGAAACACCCCUCCUGUGAUGUUGCUCAGUCCUUCUCCCUCAGAAGCUUCUUAUAAGGCUUCCAAGGAGAAGGGUGGGGUAGCUAGAAACACUCCUCCCAUUAUGAAGUUGCCCUCAUUGAUGAUAAGCUUCCAAACAUAACAUUCUACUUUGGUGCUGGCAAGCUGGAGUUGCAUAUCAACCUUAAUUUGCAGGUUACCAUUGGUAAAAGUUUCAUGUGUACAUGUGGUUAUAUGACACCUGACCUCUCCAUUCCUUGUGUUGCCUUCCACCUGCUGAAUCCAGUAACAGAUAGUAGCAUGGAAUAAGCAGGCGUUAAUGUAGGUCUGACCAUAGGCUGUUUGCCAGAUCUAUAGAGAGCCUUGUUAAUGUUGCCUUGAAGUGCAACAGAGCUUUGUUUGGACCAGGUGAGGUGCCUGUGCUCUGCAGGUUCCCAUGUUCUAGCCCAGAGGUAGCCAACAUAAGUGUCCUUCAGAUGUUGUUGGAUGCCAACUUGCAUUGGUCCACGGCAGCAUGGCCUCUGGGCAGGGAUGAUGGGAGUUGUAAGCAAACAAUAUUUGGAGAGUACCACAUUGGAUGCCCUUGUUCUAACCACUCAGAUGCAGUCACUCCCUGAGAGCAUCCUUGAGUGAGAGCUGGUUCAUUACUUACUUGUCAUCUACAAAGUGUCACUAGGGUUGCUAGAGCAGAGAUUGUCUGAGACAGGUUCUGCCUCACACUUCCUAAUUUGUGUAAAAAAACCACACCCAAAACUAUCGACUAUUGACUUAGAACGAUUGCUUGAAUAUUGUCUAAAUGGUUGCUGCAGUUGUAACCAAAAUGAUUCUGAAUGCAUAUUUGUGAACCUCUUGAGACUUUUCAAAAACAAAAGAAUGACGAUAAAUGCUUUUUGCAUACUCAGGUGACAGAGUCAUAGAUGUAGGGUCAGAAUGGCGAACAUUCAGCAAUGACAAAGCAACCAAAGACCCGUCUCGAGUUGGAGAUACCCAGAAUCCUCUUCUGAGUGACGGUGAUCUGACUACAAUGAUUGGCAAGGUAAUAUAAAUCACGAAAUGCAUUAAUGCACAAGAUCUGUACAGGAGCAGGGAGAUUUUGGCAGAAACUUGGAUAUUGUUGCUCUUAAAGUGGCAGCGCAAAGUUGGGGAUAAGCAAGCUGUGCAGAGUGUUAGAAAUUGGAGUAGAAAAGCUAUUCACCACAUGGCUCUUGGGACCUGGGCUGUGGUCACCAAAAUAGAAUGUCUAGUUGCCUUUUUUUCUCCCCAGUGCAACAGCUCUUUCUGUUUACUUUUACGUAGAUAAUUUAUUUAGGUCCCCGUCCCCCAAUUUGUGGUAUUGGGAGAGUUGUAUAGUGAAACAGGUUGUUCAGCGAACACAGAGGGACUUACAUUUAGGCAUGUAUAGGACAGUGACACCCAGUGAACUUCAUGGCUGAGUGGGGAUUCGAGUCUUGGUCUCCCGGGUCCCAGUCCCACAGACACACUAACCACUUCACCACACUGGCUCGCACUAGGGAAAACCUUUUUUUAGGCAAAGUCACAGCUUCUGUGAUAGGUGGAGCUGCCAUUUUCUUUGCUGAGUUCUAUAAGGGCAGCACUGUUUUAGACUAAGGAGGAGGAAGCUGACAGGCAAUGCCACCCCCUGGGCUGGUUGUCAGACGAAAGGCAAGUGGGGCUUGAUGAAGCCAUUGAGGCUGGUGGGGCGCUUGCUCAAUUUACCCUAAUGGACCAGCUUCCACCAUAGGUCUUGAAGAGAUACUGGAGGCAGUACUAUCCCACUGGAGUUACCACUGCUGGAUUUGACCUAGCUCAUGAGGCAAUGGCACUCCUGGAUAUGGUCUUGAGCUUUUGUUGCAUUUGCAGGCUUUAGCCAAGUUAUCUAUCUCUAUAAACCAGUCUGUAAACCAACUGAUGCCCAGCAAAUAGCAUCCAAGUAACCCCUCAGGCUUAUUUAAUUAACUUCUCAGAAACGUAAAACACACACAUACAAAAAAACAAGAAACAGAGCAUAUACAUUGUGCUAAUACCACCGCAACACAAAGUUAACAGAUUAUUAAACUGGGGAAGGGAGAAAGAUGGGCGCACUGUAAUUAAAAGCUUAUGGAACGAUGGCAAUAGCUAUGCCAUUCCCAAAGAAACCUAUUUAAGAGUGGAGAAAAAGUUUAGGGGUGGGGCACUGAUGAAGGGGUUGGGGGAAAGAAACGAGCCAUAACUGAAGCCCUUUGAUAGGGAAAUGUGCAGAAAACUGUACUCAUAAACUGAUAAACGUGAUGUUUCUGGAUGCAAGAAAGAUGCUGCACCUGAGAAAAGGAGUUGGGGAGGGGGCAGGGGAGGUGGUCAAGAGAGAUUAAGAAAGGCCAGGGUUGACUUACAUCUGCCUACUAACAUUAGAGAGAGAAAGCUGGGAGCCUACAGUACUCCAGAAAAGCAAGAAGUGCCAUGGCAAUUUAGGAGGCCAGCAGAAGCUGCAAUACUCAAGGAGAAAACUUUGGAGAGGUGUGUGUGUGGGGGGGGUUUGAGAGCAAAGGGGAGCAGGAGAGUGUUGGUGUUUGGGUGGUAAUACUGCACCCAUCAUGGCAGGCAGGUGAGCAGGCAGGCCAGAGAGCCGUCCUUGAGCAUUCUAGAACGAGCCGGGCUCCAUUCUCCUCCCACAGAUGGAAAGCUGCAACAGAGGAAGAGAGUGAGAGAUGAAGGAGGUGCUGUGCAAAGAGCCGAUGCCUGAAGCAGGAGGAAGUAAAGUUUGCAGCCGCAGCAGAAGCAUCAGGCACUGCAUCUGGUGCAAUGAGAGCCUCUGGGCUCAGGAAGCAUAAAAUGCUGGUAGACCCCAAAGCUGGCUUGAAGCUUUCCCACAGAGGAAGGAGGUGUUGCCUGCCCACUCGCAUGUUAGCCUCCACCCUGAGGGAAGGAAAGUGCCCUGGCUAGCCGGAGAUAGAGUCCCAGCCAGAGAGAGGCUGUCUGCUUGCUAGUUCAAAAUUCCCCAGGUACGAGGCACAUUUUGCGACUGGCGUGGGUUGAAUUGCCACCAAGUGAAGAUGUCUUGUUGGCAGGUUUGGUGACUGACAUCUCCACCAUCUGGCUGGUGUGCAACAACGUUUUCUGAUGAGCAAGCCCCAGCAUCAAAAGACGCUGCUGCGUGUCAGCCAACCAGCCAGUCUGGGGAGCUAUCUUCCCACUAUUUUUUUCCUGGGUUGUUUUAUUUGAUGCUAAUAUGUUGUAAACUUCUUUGAGAUUUUUUUCUUUAAAAUAUAAAGCAGCAUAGAAAUGAAUGACAAUGACAGUAACAAUAAUAAUAAGCCCCACCCAAAAAAAAAAAAGGUGACUAGACAGUCCGUUGUGGCGACCGCAACCUAGUUUUAAGGCGCCGUUUGGCGUUUAGCUGAUAUAGCUGAGUUUCUAACACUGCUUUCUUGACAUCCAUGUUCACACAACUACCAGGGACUGGUGUUCCCUGCAUAUCCAUAAGGCGUGCUGUGUAGACCCCAGCGCUCGUCAACUUUAUCUUGUUUGAACAUAGAGUUGUAUCAGCUGUGCGGUGAAAGAAAAAGGAACUGAAGCAUGCUCUGUAUCACUGAGAUGUUUGUCAUUGCUAUUUUGGGGGUUGCUGACUAGUUUUCCUUUCCAGAUCACAAGCAGUUUCCAUAGCUGGAAGAACUAGCAGUAUCAGGAGAUGGUAUAUAAAAAUAGCAUAACUGAUUAUAUAUUAUUCUGUCUAAGGUGUGUAUCAUCUUUUGUUCAUUUUUAUUUCUCCCAUGAUCUCCCCAGUCUUUCCAAACAAGGAUUGAGCUCUGACCAGUAUGCUAUAAGGUUAACUAGUACUAAUAGAAGCCAGAGUUUUACAGGAUGCCAUGUUGUGCAAUGAUAGACUUCAGCCUUUCUGUGAGAAUCCAUGUUCAUGUUAGAGAAAAUGUGGACUCCUUUGCUCUCACGAUUGUAAUGCAGACUGGUCAGGCAGUCAUUAGUGGACUGCCUACAAGGCUGUAUUCAAAUAUUCCAUGAAGCCUCCGCUUUUUGAACCUUCUCAUAGCAUUGCCCAAAAGUGAAGAUGAAAAUGCAGGCUAUACCCAGAUUUCAUUUUUGUCUGGUGAAGAAAAGUAGUCGGGAAAGGGCUAACUCCUGCUUUGUCCAGGGCUUAAACAUUCUGGUAUCAGCAGGCGAUGAGUGGACCUCAAAGAAGCAAGAUUCCUGCAGAGUUGUAAGCUGUGUUACUCUCUUUUAUUGUAUUGGGAAGGUACCGUAGAGGCUCUACCUCAAGAGCAGCCAGCUUGGUAAUAUGGGCUGUGAAAGACAUAUCGAAAAAUCACUCUUUGCAGGACAGCUUCUGGCUGCUGAAUUCUUCUGAGCUGGCCAAGCAGGUGGCACAGGAAGCCUGGCAACCAGUCACCUGCUUAGUUGACUAGCCCUGCAGACAGAAGAGAUCCCAGACAACAAAGGAGUGUCAGGGUCAGAGCCCCCUGCAGCAGGAGGAAAAAGCCUAACCCCAGGGGCAGUGGAAUUAGAAGCCACCUUGCUAAGGGUUGCCCCCUCCCUGUAUUUAACUCUUUCAAUAUGAAAAUGGAAGAUAUGUGUUUGGUGUCCAGAUGCACAAAAUCUGGGAAUGUGUGGGAAGGGGACCAGGUUGGUUAGGGCAGUAUUUUUUCCUCUGCUUCCAGACAUUGUCUUCUGUUGCUACAUGCACCUCUGGUGGGCUUCUUGCUUGCUGUGUUGUUUGCCCAGGAAGAAGCAGUGGAUUUGUUAGGACUCUCAUUUCCUCUUUCUGCACCCUAUCCCUGCUGUUUGCUGUCCACAAAAUGUAGUGUUUGCUUCUGAAAUGGGAAUAAAGUGAGUCCACUGUAGUCACAGUUGAAAACCUAUGUUGAGCCAUUCUUGGAAAAUGUGGAGAUGACCAGAACUUUGCCAGGUUGUGCAGUGCAUAUUACAUGUGUUUUUCAUAGAGAACAACAGCUGGACUAAUGAGCAAUAUAGUCUUUACAUUUACGUAAUAGAGCAGGGGUUGUCAACCUUUUUUUGGACCAGUGGAAACAUUUUGAAUUUUGAAAGAAAUUUAUAUUAGUGGUUGAACUAAAUGAACAUGACUACCGUAUUUUUCGCUCUAUAGGACGCACUUUUUCCCCUUCAAAAAUGAAGGGGAAAUGUGUGUGCGUCCUAUGGAGCGAAGACGCCAUAGUCCCGCGACCCUCUCCCGGCUGGAGAGGUGACGCGCGGCUAUGGCAGGAGCCUCUACAGCCGCACAUCACCUCUCCAGCCGGGAGAGCGCGGGCUAAGCACCCGCAGCCCUCUCCGUCUGGAGAGGCAGCGAGUCUAUGGCAGGAGCCUCUACAGCCGCGUGCCACAUCCCCCGCCGGGAGUGCGCUCGCGGGGCUAAAGAAGCCAUAGCCCCGCGACCCUCUCCCGGCUGGAGAGGUGACGCGCGGCUAUGGCAGGAGCCUCUCCGCUGCGCCUUUCCACUGCUCCCUGACCUGCUCUUUGGGGCUGGUGGUGGGCUUCCCCCCGCCAAUCCCAAAGAGCAGGUCGAAAGGAACCUGAAGCCUGGAGAGCGAGAAGGGUCAGUGCACACCGACCCCUCUUGCUCUCCAGGCUUCCAAGGUAGCCGUCUGAACGCACCUUAAACAGCACCUUGUUUUAGAGCAGGAAAACAAGAGGGGGAAAGUUCUCCCCCUCUCUGCGCAGCGCCUCCUGCCGCUUCGCUGAAGGGGCGCUGGGCAGAGAGGGGGAGAAUUUUUUUUUCUUGUUCUCCCCCCUCUAAAACAAAGUGCGUCCUAUUGUCCGGUGCGUCCUAUGGUGCGAAAAAUACGGUAACUUGGGUGCAUCAAUUCAGGGGGUAAAACAUAGUUCGAUACAACUGCAAGUUGUUGCUUUUUUGAGUGGGUAGGGUUCCUGUGGGGAAAGUAUUGCUGGACCUCCCUGGGCCUGGUGUGGGUCUUCCCAUGUAAGUAACCAGGACUUCCUUUCGCUGUGAGACUACAUGAAGUUGGAGUGAUGAUGGCCUUUGAAGAACGACUGAAAUAAGGAUGGCAAAACACACUAAAAGUGUGCUUUUCAUCUAGAGCAGAAAUUCCCAAACUUGGGUCUCCAGCUGUUGUUGGACUACAACUCCCAUCAUCCCUAGCUAGUAGGACCAGUGAUCAGGGAUGACAGGAUUGUAAUCUAAAAAAUCGCUGGAGACCCAAGUUUGGGAAAACCUGAUCUAGAGAAUGAAAGAGGGUCAUUAUGACCACCGUGUCUGUAGUCUACUUGGAAAUAGUGACAGCCACCUGAAGGUGGCUGCAUUGUGAUCUGUUUCUAAUGACUUCAUUACUAGGAUGUUGUAAUAGGUGUUGCUUAUUGCAGCUUCUGAAUCCUCACAUAAGUGCAAAAGAGGUCUUACUGUGUAUAUCUGGUACAAAUUCCAGCAAUCUCUGACACACUGUAAACCCUUCUUCUGCAGGGCACGGGCGCAGCCAGUUUUGACGAAUUUGGGAAUUCAAAGUAUCAAAACCGGAGGACCAUGAGCAGCUCUGACCGCGCGAUGAUGAACGCGUUCAAAGAAAUCGCUAGCAUGGCAGACAGAAUCAACCUCCCCCGAAAUAUAGUUGUAAGUUCAUGCCUCCCUCUCUCAAAUUGUCCUGGCGUUUACUUAGUUAGCAUAAUAUAAUGAGCGCAUGAAUUUUUGAUAUUAUUGCUAAUUAAAUGGCCUGGAGUUAAUUAAAUUUUGUCUGCUUUCUUUGAAGGAUCGAACCAAUAAUUUAUUCAAGCAAGUCUAUGAGCAGAAGAGCCUGAAGGGGAGAAGUAACGAUGCCAUUGCCUCCGCUUGCCUCUACAUCGCCUGCAGGCAAGAGGGCGUUCCGAGAACAUUCAAAGGUAAGCGGGCAGCGUAGUGUCGGCUUCAUCCGGGAUGAUCCAAAGUAUCUUCAGCUAGCACAAGCUGUCACCUCGUUCUUCAGUUUCCGAGAGCAGCGAAGCAAAACCUGCGAUUCCCAGGAGUGGGCUUUGUGUUUUGUAUCUUACUUGCCUUUUAAUCACUUGUGCAAAUUACCUGCAAACUGUUUGGGAAGGGGGCAGUCGGGCGAUUGCUGUUAUUAUCAACAAGUUACUGUGUGACAUGGCUUGAGAGUGCUGAGGUGCUCAUGUCGUAUCGGGACUGUUCAGUACAAGACAGUUCUACAGCGAAGGAAAACCAAUAAUUUGUAGAAUAAAUGAUGAAAACUACUUUUUCUGGCAUGUGUCCUACUGAUUAGAAGGCACUUCACAGAAUGUUUUUGAGCAUUUGGCUGUGGGGUUUGGGGGCGUGUGCCAGGUAUAGAAAUGGAGCACCCUCUUUUCCCUGAGCCCAGUCCAAAGGGAGGUGUGACGUAGAAACUGCCGUCUAAGAGCCAUGCAGCUGUAUGGCUGAUUGUAUGGUAGCAUUGAGUCACUGAGUAUAACAUCUGUGCUUCAUGGGAGCCUAUAGUUAUCAUACACCUCUUUCCUUGAUUUGAUUAUUAUCAUUUUUUGAAUAGCUGUAUGUUGGACAGUGCUUGGCAUGUGUCCAUGUCUUUACAGGACUACCUCACCAAGUCAUUUCCACCUGCCCUGCAGAAUGUUGAUGCACGGUUGCCAUAAUUUCCACCCGAGAUCAAACUGGCCCACAAAUUUUAAAGUGAGAAAGGCAAGCAGGUUUAGGAUCGUGGAGAAUAUGAUUAGCAUUGCAUCCUAAUAUACGUUAAUGAUGUAAUUUAAAUAAUUAAACACAUGCAGCAAAGCAAAUUGACUUUAAUGUGCAUACUAUUCCAGUGAAACUUGUUUUGUAGGUUUCUCCUUUUUUUGUCUUGUGGGAAGAGAAAUACUAGCUAACAGUGUGAAGGGACUGGAAGAUUCAUGAAAGGGCAGAUGUAUGCAAAUAAAGAGUUUUAUUUCCAUGCUGCUCAGAACCUGCAGUUAUUCCCUGCAUUGGAAAACUAUUGGUAAACAUUGCUCUUUUCUCUCGCUCCUCCUCCUCACAGGUGAGGACUGUAGCUUUCUCUUAAAAUGCUGCUAAUUUCUGCAUUCCCCACAUAUUGUGCCUGAGUCCUAAUGAAAUAAUUCUGUUAAAUUAAAACCUGUGCUGUGGUUCUGAGACCCAACAACUGAAUCAAUAGCUCUUGAACUGAUGCUCACUCCUCAGUGCAAUUCCUUGGUGACUUUGAAUGGAAUGUUUCUCUUAAAAGUGGGUGCCAGUUUUGUUGACUACAUAGACUUAGUUACAUAUUUGUGCUGCAAAGACUUAAAUGGAGGGUUAAGCUUUAAUUGGUAGCAGGGAGAAGGGACUGAGAGCGUUAUUAUCCUUAACUUAUUGCAAUCCUGUUUCAGCAUUAAUCUUGUGUGUGGUUUUUGUGUUGUUGUUGUCUCGUUUCAGAAAUAUGUGCUGUCUCCAGAAUUUCCAAAAAAGAAAUAGGCCGGUGUUUUAAGCUCAUCUUGAAAGCUUUGGAAACGAGUGUGGAUUUGAUCACAACUGGAGAUUUCAUGUCCAGAUUUUGUUCAAACCUGGGUCUUCCCAAGCAAGUCCAGAUGGCAGCAACACACAUUGCCCGUAAAGCUGUGGAAUUAGACUUGGUUCCUGGGAGGAGUCCCAUCUCGGUUGCAGCUGCAGCUAUUUAUAUGGCUUCACAAGCCUCCGCAGAGAAGAGAACCCAGAAAGGUAACAUUUCCAUUUCCCCUCCCCUGUUAAAUUCUAGCUCUGUUAAGUCACUUAUUCAGAAAGAAAAAGAGUAAUCACUGAUGCAGAAAGCGCUAUAAGGAUCCUCCUUUUGCCAUGAUUUGGGAUGUAUAAGUAGCUUAGUAAUAAGCCAUGUGAGUAAUUGUCAGGCUAAGGAGCCAGUCUGGUUAGUGUUGAAGGAGGACUGGAGAGAACCAGGUUCAAAUCUCUACCUAGCCAUAAAGCUUGCUGGGUAAUGCUGGGCUGAGAUACUCAAAUAUCUCUUGGCCUAAUCUACCUUACAGGGUAGCGGGGCAGAUCUGUGUUGUCUUGAGACCUCUGGAAGAAAGGCAGGAUACAAAUGUAAUAAAUAGCUAGGCACACUUAGUGAGCUUUUAAUUAUUAUGAUGCUGGCACCUGCAUUAUACAGCUUUAGGCAUCAGGCAAAAACGUUCCUCUUUAACCAGGACUUUGGCUGAAUGGCAUCCAGUGCCUUUUUAAAAUGGGGAGGGGGUGGAUUGUUGGGUUGUUUUAAUUUUUAUUAGAUAUUUUGUGUUUUUAUAUUGUGAUUUUGUGUUGUAACCGCCUUGAGACCUGCAGGUAUAGGGCGGUAUACAAAAUAAUAAUUCAUUUCCUUCUGAACCAUGGUCUUAAGGCAAUUUACACAUAAAAUAAUAAAAAACACAAAACAACCAGUACAUAUAAAACAAAAUUAAAACUCCUAACAAGUGUCCCCCCCAAAAACACACACAUUCAGAACAUGUGUGUUGUCAUGCGGCGUUAGGAACAUACCUUAUUAAGUGGUCUAAAUUAAAUGUAAUCCUCUCUAAAGUCUGGCAUUGCCUCUUUUAGUAAGAUGUUCAGUUCUGUCUAGCAAGGUUGCCAUUGGAAGUGCUCCUACGUGGACUGAUCCAGUUCUAACCACAUGGAAAGCAAAAGCUCUCUGCAGAUCCUGGGAGUAAAGGUUCCUCUCAUCUGGGCAUGAAAUACUGUAAGAGCCGAAUUCAUGCCUUGGCAAUCAGUCAAGGGCUUUUGAAACAGCUAUUAAUAAGUGCUAAAAAAAUAAAUCAGUUGAUGAUAGGCUUCAGGUAAUACAAACAGAUGGGGGGCAUGGGGGGUGCUUUGGUCUAAACCACUGAGCCUCUUAGACUUGCUGAUUGGUUGGACUUGCUGAUUGGAAGGUUGGCAGUGUGACAGUGAGCUCCCAUUGCUCUGUCCCAGCUUCUGAAAAGCUAGCAGUUUGAUAGCACACCAGUGCAAGUAGAUAAAUAGGUACCGCUGUGGCAGGGAGGUAAACAGCAUUUCUGUGUGCUCUGGUUUCCGUCAUGGCGUUCCGUUGCACCAGAAGCAGUUUAGUCAUGUUGUCCACAUGACCCGGAAAGCUCCCUCGGCCUGAAAAGCGAGAUGAGCGCCACACUCCAUAGUCUCCUUUGACUGGACUUAACUGUCCAGGGGUCCUUUAUCUAAUACAAACAGAACAGCAGGUCCAGUCAACCAGACAAAGCCAGGGAUGUUUUGCUCUGCUAACCUAAAUUGCUACAUGAACCUCUUUAUUGAAAGCAAGUUGUUCCCACACCCACAAACACAAACAUACACACCCCACUGAAGGUAAUGGCACCUGGAGUAAAAUCCCAUUUGAUGAAGUCCAGUCCAAUGAGAGGGUCAUGGGGGAUGGAAGGUGCAUCUUCAGGUAUUCAGGAUGCGGCUUGCUUAAGAUAGGAAUGGAGGAUCUGUGUCCCUUUGGAUAGUGUAAAGACUCCAAACCCUAUUCAGCCCCAGCCCUGUCGCAAAAUUGGGCAUUAAAGUCCAGUGACAUCUGGUUACCCAUCCCUGAUUUAAGGCCUUAAGAGAUGAACACCUGCACUUUGAAUUGGACCCAGGUCUGAUUGGUAAUAAAUGACCAUAUCCAAGUGCAAGUGCAGUGUGAGCUCCGAUUGGCUGCCCCGACAAAAUCAUAUUAUCCCGUCUUUCUAUUGUAGUACUACAUCGCUCCUGAGAAGCUUUGAGAUUUUUACUGAAAGCAGCCUUCUAAAGGUUGUGUGUUUGUUUUACACUGUCUGAAGCUGAGCACCAGGAAGAAUUGGAGAAACUACAGGUUGUUUUUUUGGAAAUGCUCCAGCCUUGUAACUCUACUUGUCAGUUUAACUUGUCUGCCUUGGGUUUCAUUUCAGAAAUUGGAGACAUUGCCGGAGUAGCUGAUGUUACAAUCAGACAGUCAUAUAGGUUGAUUUAUCCACGGGCUCCUGAUCUUUUCCCAGCUGAUUUCAAAUUUGAUACUCCAGUGGACAAACUGCCACAGCUGUGAAUUUCCAAGGGUACGUCUAUAGCCCACAGAGGUUUUGAUUUCGACUUAAAAGCGAUAUGUAUAAAAACGGUACUGUUGAGCCUUCAAGUUGCGGAACUGGUAAAACUAUGUGAAAAAGCCUAACUGAGGAGUCAGAGCACACAUUCCAGGUGUAAACAAAAUAAUUUUGUGGCAUUUUUUAUGUAUAUAUUAGUGAAAGUAAUUAUUUAACAGCCAUCAAUUUCCUAUUGUAUGUACUUAGAUUUCUUUCAUAGAGAUCUUGGUUGUUGUUUUUUUUGGAAAAUAUUUCAGAUUCUAAUUCCUGAAUAAACUGUUUUCCAAAAACCUAUACAGUUCUGCAAGUUUUACUCUGUGUGUCUGUCUUAAAUAAAUAUCAACUUGGAGC